AUGAAGUUCACAACCGCUUUCUCUCUCUCUCUCAGCCUUGCACCUGCUGUUUUAUCUCAAACGGGAGUCUCCAACGACCGUAUGGUCUUCGGGAACGUCCUCAACUCCUGGACUAAGCUUUCAUCAGGCUGGGACUUAACUCGAGGAAACAAGACAAACGCGAUUACGCUGCCUAUUCCAAAGAACGGGCCAAUUAUGAUUCAACCAAAUAAAACUGCUUUGGUUAUCAUCGACAUGCAAAAUUUCUUCCUACACGAAAGCCUAGGAGGAAACCCACUAGGGAGGGAUGUUGUUCCAACGACUGUUAACAUGAUUCACGCCUUCAGAAACGCUGGUAUGCCUGUUCUCUGGACAAACUGGGGCCUGACGGAAAAUGACUUGAUCAACAUGCCUCCGGCGCUCAUCAACGGCUUCACGACUGACGGAACAUCCGUUACAUCAUUCGGCAGCGACAUGGGCUCAAUUGUCGUUCCGAAGUCGGAUCCGUCGAUCCCUAUGACGGACAAAAUUCAGGGAGGAAACCAGACGAUUGCAGUGGGCAGAAAGCUCAUGCGUGGAAGCUGGAAUGCUCAACCUUGGGGUGCUCUUCUGAAUGAACAACUUCAAGGUGUAGCUAACGGGACUGACUUGUAUUUCAACAAGAAUCGGCUGUCCGGAAUGUGGGGUCCAGGAACGCCUAUGCAGACAUGGCUUGAGGACAACAGCAUGACCACGCUCUUCUUUGGAGGAGUCAACAUUGACCAAUGCGUCUGGGGGACCUUGGUUGACUCGUACUACAAGGGUUAUGAUGUUAUCCUUGUGGAUGAUAUCGCAGCGACGACUUCUCCAAUUGGUGCAACUCAGAUGGUCGACUUUAAUGCACAGGUUUUCGGAUGGAGAGCCAAUUCAACUGAUAUUCUCGAUGCAGUGAAGAAGGCAGCAAGGAGAAGAUGA